CACACACCCAGCUUAGCUGCAACAGACGGCCCCAGAGUCGGCAGCCAUCAGGUUGGGACUUUGAGGAAUACCGCCACCAAGAAGCCCCAAGGCGGAGAGAGGCAGACACAGACACAGGUCUUGGGUUUUGAACCCCUUCCUGCCCACCCUGAUAUGGGGAGGCUGGGAGUUGCUCCCAUAGCCUUCCUCUGUGGGGGACUCCUUCUUGUCUCCCUUCUAAGGCAAACGUUUGGACAGAGCAAGCCGCCUGAGAGCCGUGUGUGUGCCCGCAACAUGAUGCGCAUCCCCAUAGUUUACAACGAGACCUACACCAAGCCCCAGCACCAGCCUUACCUGACGUUGUGCCCUGGCCCCCGGGUAUGUAGCACCUACAGGACGACUUACCGGGUGGCCACACGGCAGGUGCGGAAAGAGAUCUUGCAGUCCAACGUCAUCUGCUGCCAAGGUUGGAAGAAACGGCACCUGGGCGACACAAAGUGCGAGGAAGCCGUUUGCCACAAGCCGUGCCAGAACGGAGGCCGCUGUGCCCAACCCAACCAGUGUCAGUGCCAACCAGGCUGGGGGGGACGGCACUGCCACGUCGAUCUGGACGAGUGCCGUGCGCCCGUCGCUCUCUGUGCUCAACGCUGCCUGAACACUGCCGGGAGCUACCGGUGCCAGUGUGACGCUGGCUACGCCCUAGAGCCGGAUGGCAAGAGCUGCCUCCUACUCCCCACGGCUCAGGCUGCCCCUUUGCUCGGCAGCAAAGUGCAAACUUUAGGGAUUCAGGAGACGAUUCCCAAAGAGAUCCAGGAACUUCAAGCGAAAGUGGACCGGCUGGAAGAGCGUCUGGAGCGUGCCAUCUCCGUCCUGCCCACGGCCCUGGAGCCCACCCAGCUGAAAGAGUUGUGGAGCCGCCUCCUCUACCUGGACCAGGUGGAAUCGCUGAGCGAUCAGCUCCUCCUCCUCGAAGAGAAACUGGGAGACUGUGCUUGCCUGAACGGUAAAAAUGGCUUUGGCUACGACAUCGCCCGGUGAUGCCUGCGCCCUGGACUCCAAUGGGAUUGAUGGGAACUCCGCCCGCCUACUGACUCCUCCUCUAACUCCGUACAGGUGGCUGCUGGUCUUUGAAGAUGAAGUUAAUAUCUUCUCCCUUAUUUAUGCUGCUGGGCACACGUCAUUAAUUAAAAAGCAAAAUUCACAGAGCGGGAGCUGUACUGGAUUCACUAAUGUCGUGG